AUGAUAUACACGAACGUUUUAAGGCGACAGUUUGGCCUUUUAUCAAAAGGACGAGGGCUCAUUCAUAAUAGGUCGUUUACAACAAGCAAGCUGAGAAACCAUGAACCAGUUUCCCUGAAGAAAGUGUUUGAUGAUGAUGUAUAUUGGAGAAAUUUGAGGAGUACGCCAAAACUGCUGAACUCUAAAAAUGAAAGUUUUCUAAAUUCGGCAUCUGAUCCUGUUACAACUAAAAAUACUGGGUUAUUCAAUAACCCAUAUUUAAAGACUCCAGAAGGUCUUCUCACUUUCAGCAAGGCUUCCUUGUGGAAAGCAAAUGAAUUGGUGAAGAUUAUGAAAAAUGAUAACACUAAACAGGGCCUGUUAAAAUAUAUUGUACGUUUAGAUCAGUUAAGUGACACUUUAUGUAGAGUGAUCGAUUUAUGUGAGUUCAUUCGCUCCGUACAUCCUGAUAAAGAGUUUUUAUCUGCUGCACAACAGUGUCAUGAAGAGAUGUUUGAAUUUAUGAAUACACUGAAUACUGAUGUAGAGCUUUGCGAUAAAUUGAAAACCCUUUUGCAUGAUAAUGAAAUACUAUCGAAGCUGUCUGAGGAAGAGAUCAAAGUAGGCCGAAUUCUUCUAGAGGAUUUUGAGAAAUCUGGGAUUUAUAUGAAUCCCAGAAUACGAGAACAGUUCAUUGAAUUAUCACAAGAAAUUAGUUUAAUCGGUCAGGACUUUAUCAAUAAUGCCAACCAACCUAAAACUAACUACAUAAAAGUCAAUGCCUCCAAGCUGGAGAGUGCUGGCUUGAAUAGACUUCUUCUUAAUAGUCUUAAAAAGGAUGCCAUAAGAGAAAAUUAUAAGAUACCAACGUAUGGACCUACUCCAUACGCCGUUUUGAAAGAUUGCAAAAAUGAAGAAGUAAGAGCUGACAUUUGGACAGCAUUACACUCCUGCUCAUCUGAACAAAUCCUUAGGUUGUCCCAUCUGGUGAAACUGAGGGCAAUGCUUGCAAACUUAAUGGGUGCAGAAAGCUUUUCUCAAUAUCAAUUGAAGGGGAAAUUGGCAAAAGCUCCAAAAGACGUUAAAAACUUCAUCGAAACGUUGAUAAAAUAUGUAAGGCCGAAUACAGAAAAGGAGUUGAAAUUUAUUGCAGAUCUUAAGCGUGAAGAUCAGGGGAAAAUAAAUUGUGGGGAAAUGGAUGGUGUACUUUCAACCGUGCGCCCAUGGGACAGAGAUUAUUACAGUUCUAUUUAUUUUAAAGGAAAAGAGAAAACAGAACACGAGUUUACUGAACCUUUAUCCUCAUAUUUCACCUUAGGUGGAGUUUUUGAAGGACUUUCAGAUCUUUUGACCCAAAUUUACGGGAUAAAAUUAGAACCUGCCAUUCCCGUGAGUGGGGAGACGUGGUUUAAUGAUGUAAGGAAAAUCAAUGUUAUUUCUGAAGAGGAAGGCAUUAUUGGGAUUAUAUACUUUGACUUAUUUGAGCGCUAUGGCAAGACGUCCAAUCCAGCACACUUUACGGUCUGCUGCUCAAGGGAAAUGUAUCCUGAGGAAAAUGCCGAUUCCAUCAUCCAACUAGGUUCAAAGAAAGAUGGCACUAUAUUCCAGCUACCUAUAAUUUCUUUAGUUUGCAAUUUUUCUAGAAGGACAUUUCAAUCAGAUAAAACAAUAUGUUUAUUGACUCUAAGUGAAAUUGAAACAUUGUUUCAUGAAAUGGGCCAUGCAAUACAUUCAAUGCUCGGGAGGACAACCCUUCAAAAUGUAAGUGGUACGAGAUGCGCCACCGAUUUCGUCGAAUUGCCUAGCAUUCUAAUGGAGCACUUUGCCUCUGAUACGAGAGUUCUGAAGAAAAUGAGUUGCCACUAUGAAACAGGUGAAAAAAUUGCAGAGAAGAAAUUACAGUUUCAUCUAAAAGAAGGUGAAUUUCUGAGAUCUUGUGAGACAUUCUCUCAAGCCAAAAUGGCUAUGCUAGAUCAGGAAUUACAUAGCGAUAAGAUAAUACACAAUUUGGAUAAUUUAAACGUCGUUGAGAUAUAUCAAAACUUAGAACGUCGACUACAGGUUUUAGUUGAUGAUAGAAGUAAUUGGUGUGGAAAAUUCGGACAUUUGUUUGGUUAUGGUGCGACCUACUAUAGCUAUCUCUUCGAUCGGGCUAUUGCACGCAAAGUUUGGAACCACCUUUUUGCAAAUGAUCCUUUUAACAAAACUAACGGUGAGAAAUUUAAGGAAAGUCUCUUAAAGUGGGGUGGCUCGAAAGAUCCAUGGCAAUGCAUUGCAGAUGUUCUAGAUGAACCGAAAUUGUCUAAGGGCGACGCAGAAGCAAUGAAAUAUAUUGGUUUUACAGAACAGCUGUGA